GAAGAUGCACUUUCAACAAGCGAGCAGCUCUUCCCAGUGUUUACGUUCCACUACAAUCUGUCUGAAACUGAAAUUACAACAAUGUUGCACUGAAUAAGAAUCUGAAUCUAUUUUUGGCCCAGUUUCGCGCACCCAGUGCAAUCCCCAAAAUUGUACGCACAUCUGCAACGCGACCCUAUCCCGAUGGCGCCAACCGGAAUAAAUCGUGUGCUUUCUAUCCAGAGCCAUGUCGUCCAUGGGUACGUUGGGAACAAGAGUGCAGUUUUCCCACUUCAGGUGCUCGGCUUCGAAGUGGACAACAUCAAUUCGGUGCAGUUUUCAAAUCACACUGGCUACAGCGGCGGCUUCAAAGGCCAAGUACUGAACGAGAACCAACUCGCCGAAGUAUUUUCCGGACUGGAGGAUAACGAUCUGCUCCCGCUGUACACGCAUCUACUCACCGGGUACGUCGGCAAUCCGGCAUUUCUGCGAGAGAUAGCCAACAUUGUAAAGAAAUUGCGGUCGGCCAAUCCGGCGCUUGUCUAUGUGUGUGAUCCGGUCAUGGGCGACGAUGGCGUUAUGUACGUGCCCAAGGAGCUGCUACCCAUCUACCGGGACGAAAUUGUACCGCUGGCGGACAUCGUUACGCCAAACCAGUUUGAAGUCGAACUUCUCACAGGGAAAUCCGUCAAAUCGGAACAGGACGCCUGGGAUGCCAUUGAAUGGUUCCACGCCAAGGGCGUCAAAACAGUAGCCAUUUCGUCAUCCGAACUUGGUGGCUCCAACUCCCUGCUAGCGAUCGUCAGCCACAAAGAGGGCCAGCGCAGCCAACGCUGUCGGAUGGUCAUUCCAAAGCAAGGCAACGGAAUCCGGUUCACGGGAACGGGUGACCUAUUUGCGUCCCUCUUCCUGGCACACUCGGCACUCACCGGCUUCGAUAUGUGUGCGACGCUUGAGCGAACCAUCGCGAGUCUGCAGGCCGUAAUCAGCAAAACGUUAACCUUUGUUCCGGAGGAAGUAAAGUCCGGCAAGGUUGCGGUUACGUCGGCACAACGCGAACUCAAGAUCGUUCAAAGCAAGGCGGAAAUUGAGCAUCCCAACGUUACGAUCAAAUGUAGUAAGGUUUGAUUGUGGUUUAGUAGAAAUUUGCGAGGCAUUUUUUUUUUAAAUCGAAGACAAUAAUAUAUCAUGUUACAUACAAUUACAUCCCUAAAAAAAUUGUGCAAUGUGUGAAAUUUAAAAACGCUUCCUGUGUUAUCUGCAAUAUAUUACAAUAAUAAAUAAGUUGAAUAUCGCA